UGCACCCUGGAGCUAGUUUCGCUUGAGCAAUGCGUAAUUUUUUUGUCUUCUUCCCUCCGAGAAGGCGUAGCAGUGGCAUCAGUAGCAGAACGUAAUACGUCACACACACACAAUAGUUCACUAAAAAGUUCACUUUGUUUUCUCUAAGACUUACAAUACUCGUGGCUUUACCUCGAUAUUUAUAUGUGUAUAUAGCCGCAGAGUGGUUUGUUUUUUUACCGCUAUUUAAUGGUGCUACCUUGCUUUGUGAGAUGGAUAUCUAAAGGUGUUUUAGAGCAGGCCAAGAGGCCAAACAACUGUUUCUGGUUUAGCGACUGCUUCUCACUGGUGGUUACAAUGGACAACGCUGGAAACACUUCAUUUUAUCGCUAGAUUUCAUUUCAUUUUUGUAUGUGAAGAUUCAUCAAUUGACGAGAAACGUUCAAAACAUUGACUUGCUCCACUGGAAAUCUAUGACCUCAUUUGUGAACAUGGUGAAAAGGAAUUUACCAAUUUCCAACAACUCUGAGCACGAGAGUGAAACUCAGUUGAAACAGUCUUCUCUACACAAAUGGAUUGUCUUAGUACUUUGUUUAAUCAUCGUUGCUUUGAUCGCUGCUAUUAUUGCCAUCGUUCUACAGCAACAACCAAGUGGGCCUAGCAAUGAAUCAAGUGGGCCUAGCAAUGAAACAAGUGGGCCUAGCAAGAUUUGUUUGACGCCAGGCUGUGUGGAGGCCAGUGCUUACAUCCUGGGCAAGAUGAACAGGAGUGUUGACCCAUGCCAGGAUAUGUACAGUUUCUCAUGUGGCGGGUGGCUGGCACAGACACACCGGCCUCGAGACAAGGUUAAAUGGGAAACCGCAGAUGAGGUCAAUGCCAAGGUCGGAGUUAUCUUGCAAGAGAUAAUAGAAGAAGAUGAUAUAAGUUUUAAAGGACGGAACUCUAGUGCUAUAGCCAAGAUGAAGUCCUUGUACCGCACUUGUAUGGACGAACAAACUAUCGAUGAUAUCGGCGUGAAGAGAAUGCUUCAGCUAAUAAGUGACCUAGGGUCCUGUACUAUGAUCACCAAAAAUGUCACCCAAUGGGAUAGUCAGAGCUGGUCACUUCAAGCGUCAAUCGAGUCAAUGCACCUGUUGGGCCUUCAUCAGUUGUUCUACUUGAGAACGUACAGAGACCCCAACAACUCUUCAAAGCAGAUUUUGUUAGUGUAUCAGAGUGGACUAAGUCUGCACUAUACAUUGUACAAUGAAAGUCGAAUAACUCAAACACUGACAGCUACAGCCACAGAGAUUGCAGUUUUAUUAGGCGGAGACAAGGACGUGGUCAAGUCUAAACUGGACAAAGUGAUCGAGUUUGAAAAGGAAUUAGCCAAAAUAAAUGUUUCACCUGAGAGUUUCCUAAACCCUAUUGGCAGGAUGAAGAUCAAACUUGAGAAGCUAGAAGAUUAUUUUGCACCAUGGCUUGACUUCAGACACUAUUUGAAUGUGAUGUUCAAUGGACGAGAAGUGGACAACGCUACAGAUGUGGUGUUUCCAACUGCAAAUUAUUUCACAAAUCUCAAAGACGUGAUAAAAAGAACAGAUAAAGAAGUAUUGGCCAACUACAUCAUGCUCAGUUUUGUGGAGGCUGUCUUGGACUACCUGCCGACAAGUUUCAAAAAAGCAGAGCUCAAAAUCAAAGAGUUAGUGCUAGGAGUUGGCAGCCUCAGCCCGAGGCACGAGACUUGCUUAGCUAUGGGUCGUGCGUACUUCGGAUUUGCAAUUAGCGCCAUCUAUGUUGAUAGACACUUUCCCGCCGAGAGUAAGAAGCAGGUGAAUGCCACAAUAGAAGAAAUUAAGUCCGAGUUUAUUGACAACUUAAAGUCUGUCUCUUGGAUGGACAACAGUACCAGAGUCGCAGUCAUAGACAAAGCCUCAGCCAUCUACAAUAUGAUUGGCUAUCCAGACUGGAUACUGAAUGUGGAGGAGUUAGAUCGAUACCAUGAGGACAUUAACAUCACAGAAGGGGAGUAUCUUCUUACCUAUCUAAAUAUCUCACAGAAAUCAUUACGUAAAGAUUUGGAUACACUUUGGGACCCACCAGCUCGAAACAAGUGGUUAAGAAGUCCAGACGAGGUGAACGCCUAUUAUAAUGUCCUAGAUAAUAGUGUCGUCUUUUUGGCUGCUAUACUUCAAAGGCCUUUCUUUGAACCAACAUUUCCUGACUCAUUCAACUAUGGUACAGUCGGCAUGGUAUCUGGUCACGAGAUUAUACACGGAUUCGACAGCAAUGGGCGGUACUACGACCGAAAUGGAAAUUUGAAAGAUAUAUGGGAUGAAACUGCUGCCUCAGGAUUUCAGAAUGGGUCUCAGUGUUUUAUUGACCAAUAUAGCAAGUACCAGGUCCAAGGAUUGAAACUCAACGGCAAGCUAACAUUGGGGGAGAACAUUGCAGACAAUGGUGGCAUUAAACUCUCCUUCCAAGCCUACAAGAAGGCUGCCAAACCAAGACCAUACAUUCUGCCCGGACUGGAGUACACCGACGACCAAUUGUUCUUUAUAGCAUUUAGUCAGUUAUGGUGUGCUCAUUACAGUCCGUCCUAUGAGAAAACGGCCAUCAAAAAUGAGAAGCACACGAACAACAAAUAUAGAGUGAUCGGCUCUUUAUCCAACAGCGAAGAUUUUGCCAGGAGCUUCAACUGCCCCAUCAAUUCCCCGAUGAAUCCAGAGGAGAAAUGUCAAAUUUGGUGACCACAGAUCGAAACACAGAGCUUAGACUUUUAACUUCAAAGAGAGUAGACAAGAAACAUCCAGUCCUAGCAACAUGGUCAAUUUAGAGAUCAAUACAUCAACAAAACGCUCAAUUUACUUAGCAAUAAAUUGACAGCACAAACAAUUUACAGACCUACAGAAAGACAAACCAAUUUACAGAGCAGUAAAUUGACAACAUAUCAAUUUACAUAGCAAUAGAUAGACAGCACGGUCAAUUUACAGUCCUUUAGAUUGACAAUACAGUCAGAACAAUAUAGAACAAUAGAAUGACAACACAGUCAAUUUACAGCACAAAACUGAAUAUUCCAGUAUUUUAUAUCUGCAGGACUAAACAAUAUUUUUUUAGCAGUCGAAUUUCUUGAAAGCGGAAAGAUAUAUUUUAAAAUGAAUGUUUAUUAUUGCGGCUUUCUUUCUAAGGUUGAGCUGACUUUUUAAAGGUUGAGCUGACUAUUCGUUCCUAACUUUCAGACAUCCUCAAUCAAUUUUCUAGGUAGAAAUUGUUCAUGAAAGUCGGUUUUUUUGUUUGUUUUUUUUUACAUUUUUUUUGCUAAGUUUUAGCGCUGUGAUUUUGUUCUUACAUUGGCUCUGUUACCCGAGGUUUACGUUAAGUAAGAACAGGUUAAAUGUUCGUAUUUUAUCGUCUACGACAGGUGGAUAAAUCAGUGAUUAUCAGUGAGUGGUCAGGACCAAGAAUUAUAUAUAUUUUUAGAUAACCUGCAAAUCUGUAUCUCUUAUUGAAACAAACGAAAGCUCGAAAUAAAUAUGUCAAGACACGUUGCACUAUUGACACUAUUAGUCUCCACAUACACCAAAGAUUCCAAUUGAUUUAUUAUUUACUAGCUGGGUUUACCAUUAUGCCCCCUCUUAUAUAAAACCAAAAAUAAUGCAAAUGAAAAUCUCUUCAGUAUAAGACUAAAGUAUACAUUAGUCACCAGAUUAUGUGAGCGUAGCCAAGAGGGGUUUAAGUUUAAAAGUUUUAAGUUUAAAAUCCCUCCAGAAUGUAAUAAAGAUUACUUAUGCACACUCACACACACACACACACACACGCAUGUGUAUAUACUCUCUCUCUAUAUAUAUAUUUAUUGUUGUGACUCUAAGGUAGGCACUCAACAAAAGGCAGGAGGUAACAAUAAACUAGGUAUUUAUUUACAGUUGCAAAUAGGCAUGGGCUUCAGCUAUUAAGUCCCAGAAUAUCCUAUCUCAAGUGACACCAGUCCUUUUCUAUCUACAACCACUACAGACCACCGACACACUUCCCAGUGCCGCCCCAGGUCCUCAGCACAGUUCACAGAUAGCACAAAGGAUGUUCUCUCGAGUCAAGACAGCCCAGACUUCCAUCACUUUAGCCGGAUCCACAACAGUCCUUCUUCCUGUCUUAUAUCAACAUGUCUUCUCCUGUGUUCAAUGGUGCUCUCAUGUGUUCAAUGGUGCUCUCCUGUGUUCAAUGGUGCUCUCAUGUGUUCAAUGGUGCUCUCAUGUGUUCAAUGGUGCUCUCCUGUGUUCAAUGGUGCUC